AUGAGGUUCAGGACGGGUAUAUCCAAUGUAGCUCUGUUACACAAAAUAACAAGAUCAUUAGCUGCAUUAGCACGAUCGUGCGUUAUCAGAUUAUCACCCGAACAAGUCCAUUUCAUCGUUCCAGGCAAUGAAAGCUCGACAGGUGUACAAGUAUGGUCACAGGUGAAAGUGUCAACUCUGUUCGACGCAUACAAGAUCGAGUCAAAUGCGAAUAACGAGAUAUGGGUGGAACUUCAUUUGGAUUCGUUAUUGAAAAUAUUGCGGAGUGCAGAUAGUUCAGUUGGAAGUAUAAACGAAUCGAGAUCGACUGCGGCAUUGACAGAAUCGGAUGUCACACUGAAAUUGAAUAAGAAGGGUCAGCAACCUAUAUGGUCUUUUGAGAUACGCGGAUAUACAGCGCAGAGAAAACCGAUGUCGAUCACUCAUGAAAUACCGGUGAAGAUACUGUCAGCGAGAAGGCAGGCGGAGCUGAACGAACCAUUAUGUCCUCAACCAGAUAUUCACGUCGUCUUGCCAAAUCUGUUGGAACUACGAAAUAUAGUAUCUAGGUUAAGUCACUUGGCGGACGAUGUAAAGGUAUCUGCGAAUCACGAAGGAAGGUUAGAGCUAACGUCGAAAGCACCUCGAGUAAAUCUGACGACUACAUGGAAUGAUCUCAGUGUACCUUCUAGUAAUACGAACGACGAUGAUCAGCCUCCUCCACCUCCCGAUCAGAUGUUCACCGUCACAGUGGCUAUCAAAGGCUUUUUGAAGUUCCUUACUUCGCAUUUAGUGGGAGGGGCAGCCAUUGCAUGCAUAUGCGAAGAUCAUUGUCUGAUAGCUUACGUGUAUAUAGGCGAGUUGAAUGAAGCUGGGGGUGUAUUGACUUUCUUCAUCCCGGCCAAGAUGACGGAUGAUUAG